AUGACUGAGAGCAUUCGGAGCGUGUCCCCGACUUCCACGGCCGAGUACGAAGAUCACGAGCCGUUUGAGACGUUCAAGCACAAGGUUCCGCAGCUAUGCCACCUCUAUUGGCCAUCUUACGACCCGGAAGACAUUCGCAUCGAGCGAAUGAAGGGCGGCUUUAGCAACCGAGUCAUUGGCAUACACGUUCGGGAAAAGCCAGCAAUCGCAUCAGAGGAACCAGAAGUCGCCCCAGAGCCUCCUCCAGCUUCCCAAAUCAAGAAUACAGAAGAAGGAGACAUGCUACCUCCCAAGGAGAAUUCUACGCCGCCCAGAGACUCCCUACCCCCAGGAGACUACGUGCUUCGCAUCCCACGUUUUCAAUCGGCACAUCUCGCCUAUGACAGGCGCAUCCUGGAUCUCGCGAGUACCUACACGGAAUUUGGUAUUCCUAGGGUAGUGGCCAUGGACGAGGAACCCUCGACUACGAAUCCUAUCGGGCAGCCAUAUAUCUUGCAACUCAGGCUCCCCGGACAACGCCUGAUUGAUAUUUGGAAUGAGUUGAAUCAACAACAACGAAUUUUGGUUGCGAAGCAGGUGGCCGCAUUUUCCCUUGACAUCCAGAAAGCCACCAAUCCAACAGGCGGUCUGGCAGAUUUCGAGACGACCGAGACUUCCGCCCAAGCCAUCCCCACGAAGGAUUUCAAAUUUAUAGGCGACGCCGGAGAUUUUAAGAAGCCAAUCGAGCCACAGCACCCAGUCGAAAUGCUCUGCGAGCGCCUUCUACGCUGGUAUCAGAAGUAUUCGGGACCAGGAUUUGGAGACGGACCUUGGCUGGGCUUGAUCGAGAUGGUCAAGUCAAUGCAGGCACUGAACGGAACAUUUGGACCAGAUAUGCCAAUAUACUAUUUCCACCAUGGAGAUCUCUUCCCCCGCAACAUCAUGGUCGCUACUCCUGACGACGAAACAGCCACUGUGACAGGAAUUUUGGACUGGGACGAAGCCCACUUUGCUCCAGCCGUCGUUGCAUUCGCUCCUCCAGCUUGGUUGUGGGUUGAGGCUUACUGGAGCUCUGACGUAGAGGAGUACAUAGAUGAAGAGCGCAUUUGGGCCCAUGCUCAAGAGACACCUAAGAAUGACGAGGCGAAGGAGCUCAAGGAUGUCUUUGAAAAGAUUGUUGGAACUGAGUUCCUUCAGUACGCCUACUCUCCUGACGCUUGUGAGGCUAGGAAGAUUUGGUCUUCGGCUAAACAGCGCAUUGGGAAGAGCUGGGUUAUAGAUGAGCUUUCCAGCAUGCUCGCGGCAUGGAGGUCAAACAGGGACGGGGAGGCGGAAAAUGUCAAAGAGGAACUCACAAGGCCUAUCGCUACAACCUCUAUGGACGAUAAAGAGGUUGGCCCUUAG